AUGGGAAAUAACAUCUCGGAUUUCUGGCUGCCGCAGGGUUUACUGUCAAUUCUGCGCAAACUGAAGAGUGCACCAGACCAGGAGGUGAGAAUCCUCCUCCUGGGACUAGAUAAUGCAGGCAAGACCACACUCCUGAAACAGCUGGCAUCUGAAGACAUCAGCCACAUCACACCGACACAGGGCUUUAACAUUAAAAGUGUACAGUCUCAAGGUUUUAAGCUGAACGUGUGGGACAUUGGUGGACAGAGGAAGAUCAGGCCGUACUGGAGGAACUAUUUUGAAAACACUGAUGUUCUUAUCUACGUCAUUGACAGCGCCGAUAGAAAAAGGUUUGAAGAAACAGGUCAGGAGCUGGCCGAGCUCUUGGAUGAAGAAAAGCUCAGCGGAGUCCCAGUGCUCAUAUUUGCUAACAAGCAAGAUUUGCUUACGGCUGCCCCUGCUUCGGAGAUUGCUGAGGGACUGAAUCUACACACGAUCCGUGACAGAAUCUGGCAGAUCCAGUCUUGUUCAGCCCUCACAGGAGAAGGCGUGCAGGACGGCAUGAACUGGGUCUGCAAAAAUGUCAAUGCAAAGAAGAAAUAACCCCUCCCCCGAGCUGCAUGGAAAUGGAGGAGCUGUGGAAGCUGAAUUCUAUCCUGGAAGCGCUAAUUUGCUGCUUUCUGACCAAAUGGUUUUUCCAUCUGUGCACAGCUACAGCUGUUAAAAAAAGGGAACAACAACCGUUAAACCCGCUGCUGGAAUUGGACCUUUACCUGCUCCUUAGUCGAGUUAUUUUUCCCAAUAAAGGAAUUGUACUGGCC